AGUCUUGAGGUUGGCCUUGAAGUCCACAGACUCUUUGACCUUAGCGCCCAGCAGAGCUCCCAGCAUGGCGUCAGCAGACACCCUCACCCUCUUCAGCCUCGUCUUCUCUCAGGACUCUGGAAAAGCGUCUAGACUGCAAUCAACUGGGUCUUAACAACUGUUUAAUUAAUAACUGCUCAGAGAAACGCAUGGUUGUUGGACUCGCGCCUAUCGGCCCGGAUUGGGAUGCUGAGCAUGUGGGAGUCUGGACAGACAAAGAAGGGCCAGUUUCUGUUAUGAAUGUGUCGUGGAAAAUAAAGGCUGAUGCAAAUGUAUUUGCACUUCAUGGAUCGGAGAUAAAUAUUCUGGAUACACGUACAAAUCAAAGUAUGUGUGUGCAGUUUUCUUACAAUCUCGGUAAACAGCUAAAUCCAAACUUUAAGAUGUGGACAUUUUCCUUGGAUGGAGUUGAGGUAGAGCCUGGGCAUACAUAUAUGGUGUCAGUAUUUAAUUUGCCACAACCUGAGAAUGGGGAUGUCAGCAUUAGAAAGGAAAUUAUUAUCCCAGGAUGUGAUGACAGGAGAAUACAAAAGGCCCAAACGUGUCUGGAAAAUGGUAGUCUAUGGGAUCCUCACAUGACCGCCAAUGUGUCUGUGGAUAUGGAACAUAGAAAGUUAUCCAUUGUUGUGGGAUUUGAGGCAGCACAGUAUUCAGAAAGAUACCAAGUCUCCAUUCAGAGUCUUCGUUUCAGUUCCUCAAAUAAUGUCUCAAAGGAAAACAGAACAUCGCUCAAUGUGACAUUUGAGUUUGGUUUGUGGCAACUCUCGCAAUGUGAAAUAUUGUUAAUGAUUCAGCCUUUUUUCAUGCGAUGCAAGAAUUACUGUUGGCGCCCUGAGAAAAUAAUCGAUUACUGCCUAUAUUAUCCACCACGGACUUUAAUUGUAAAGGCAGCUGUGGGCCUGCUUGUCAUUGGUUGCUGUCUUGCUUAUUUCUUGUGGAGAGCAUGCCAUAAAGUUCCUGUGAACGCAUCCUCACCUGCUGUCAAAGAGCAACCAGAAGGUUUUCAAGUGCAAGAGAGAAAAAGAGUCCUAGUCAUCUAUUCCCUUGACCACCCUUUAUACAAAAGCGUUGUUCUCAAGCUUUGUGCUUUCCUGGUAAGCAAAUGUGGCACUGAAGUGGUCCUGGAUCUGCUGGACUCUACAAGACUGGGAGUGUUGGGAAGCAUUCAGUGGCUGGACUGGCACAGAGAACAAAUAGAAAGCUCUUCAGAUAAGAUAUUAAUCCUGUGCUCACGAGGAGUACAAGCCAAAUGGAGAGCCAUGUGUGGCGACAAAGAGGUUUUUCUGAAGGAGGACGCCCGCUCACCUGUAGGUGACAUGCUCACUCCAGCUCUCAGCCUCAUGGUCCCCCAUUUCAUCCGAUCUGCCUCAUUUGAAAAGUACAUAGUGGCUUACUUUGACGACAUUUGUUCUGAAGAACAUGUUCCUUCACCUUUUAACAUCACAGUACGAUACAAGCUGAUGAAACAGUUUGAGGAGCUGUUUUUCAGAAUCCUGGACACUGAGAAGCACGAACCGGGCAGAGUGAAUCACAUCGAAGGGCUUUCAGAGGAGGAGUACUACGACUGUCCCUCAGGUAGAGCCCUGAGGGAUGCCAUAGAGGCUUUUCAUGCGUACCAGCUGGCGCAUCCAACAUGGUUUGAAGAUGAGUUACUGGAAAGCUCGAAGUUGGAGCUUGAACAGGCAUCAGCUGAGUUCUAUGACGAUGCAAAAACAAUCACAAACCUCAUUGCAUAUUGGGUACCCGACUCAGUCACCAGUCAUGUAAAGACACAAGAAAGUGAUUUCACUGUUCAAAUGUGCACCUCAGUUGAGUUCAACUAUUAGACAACUAUAUAGAACAUGCUGCCAGUUUGCUGUUGUCACAUUAGUGUUUAGAGACAUCUGUGAAGAUCUAACUCUUCGAUGAAACUAUCAGAAGUCCAGCAGUUAUGACAACAUCAUAGGAGCAACAGAAUCCUGCUGGGCGAAAUCCCCAGUGGAUACAAACAGAUAUUAUCACACACACUGGAGCACGAUGUAAAACCUGAUACAUUAGAUUAUACAGUAUGUGGCCAAUGAUUGUAAAAUACUUGAACGAAUCUGUGUAACUUCUCUCCAAAUAUUCACCAGAUUUCACUGUGAAUUUAUAUGUGGCCACUUUGUAUACAUGCGUGGUUUGUUUAAUGGUUUAGUAUUUUACCAUGUCCUCAUAUCUGUUGUGUAGGAUUUUUACAUGUUUCAGUAUUGUUAAAUAUCCCUUGCUUUCACUCAGGAGAUAGUUAAAGAGUAGUUUGGGCCACAGAGAUCUGUGGUUGAUGCUUGUUGGCUGUGUAAACAGUGUUUGGGUCAA